UGGAUCGGCUGCACGUGGUCCCCCGUGACGCAGCCUGGGCUGUUGAUCCGACCAUCCGAACCAGGCACACCAGACGACGCUCGAUCCAUCGCAUCUCACCAGAUCCAUCACAUCAUCAGAUCCAUCACACAUCAUCAGAUCCACCGGACCACAUCGAUAUCUGUCGCUUCAGCUCAAUCGCUUCAACUCAGUAGCAUCAAUCCAUCCCCGCCAUGCUGGCCGACCUGCGCCAUGCGCUCGCCUUGCCCGCUCUCCCGCUCGAUCUAUCCUCAACGUCGCUGUUGCUGGCCACCUCGACGCUGCUCUUUUCGUUCCUGAUCGCCUACCUCCUCGCCUAUUCCUACCACACCGAGUCUCGCUCCAUAUCCAUUUCCUCGUCGUCCUCGGCGCAAAAGUAUCUGCAGCGGCACGCCGGCUUCUCCCUCACUCAUUCCUGGACGCCGCUCGAGCACCAUGUUGAGGCUUCACACCACAAGGUCUGGUGCAAUGCGUGCGCCCAUGAUAUCGACUCGUCGCAGGCAGGCGUCGAGUGUCUUGUCUGCAGGCAGUGCUCCCACACCAAGUCCGACUGUUUAUCCAAGCUUGUCCGCCAGCCCUGCAAGAUCAUUGCCGUCGCCAAGCCCGCAGACUCGUCCAAAACUCGCUCACCACUCUUCUCGAGAACAGCCGGGUGGUCGCCAAAGCCCCAAGGUAACAAAGCCUCGCCGCCAUCGCCGGUAGCGUCCAGACUGCCCAACUCUGCCAGUUCGUCGAGCCUCCCGCCUCCCCUCGGUGUCGACCAUCUCCACCCAGACAGCGCUCACACCCUGGACGCUUCGAGCCCCGAUAGCCAUGCUCAGCACCCUCCCGACCCAUUCUCCCACCAAUGGAUCAUCGGCAACGUUGGCCUGUCGAGCUCCAAGUGCACCAUCUGCAGGAUCCCCACCGGCGACGAAUUCAACCUGCAAGAUCUCCGGUGCAUCUGGUGUCUCGAGACUAUCCAUACUCGCUGCCUGCCCAGAGACCCCCUCGGCGGCUGCAGAAUGAGUCGACUUCCCAAGCUGCUCCUCCAUCCCAGCCAUGUUGUGCUCGAGCCCUCGGGUCAGUUCGAAGGACCCCGGUCUGUCCCACCCAAAGUCGGUCUGCUCAAGACUCGUCCGCGCUUCCGGGUUGCGCUGCCUUUGGAUGCCCAUCCGUUGAUCUGUCUCGUCAAUCCAAAGUCCGGUGCCCAGGAUGCUCCGCGGCUCCUGCGCGCUCUCUAUAGCCAUCUAAACCCAAUCCAGAUCGUCAAUCUGUCGACACAUAGCCCCGAGAGCGAGCUCAAGAACUAUGGCGCCUCGCUCCCGCAGUGUCAGAUCCUGGUCUGUGGCGGAGACGGGACCGUCGGCUGGAUCUUGUCGAUUCUGGAUCGCAUGAUCCCAGACGAGAAUCAGCGGCCCCCCAUCGCCGUCCUUCCCCUCGGCACCGGAAACGACCUGGCCAGGGUCUUGGGCUGGGGUGGCGGGUGGGAGGGCGAGUCGGUCCUGGAUAUUCUCCGAGAGAUUCAAGCCGCCGGUCGCUCGGACCUGGAUCGGUGGGCCGUCCGCAUCCAGUCUGCAGUUGCCCAGGCCGGCAGCGGGCGCCGGAGCUCGAUUGUGCAGCGCGCCAUGUCGAUGGCGGCGCCCGGGGCCCCGAAGGAGAAGCUGUCGAUGAUGAACAACUACCUGUCCAUCGGAAGCGACGCCACGAUCGUCCUCGAGUUUCAUCGUACCAGAGAAAAGAAGCCAGAGCUGUUCCGCUCGCGCUUCCUCAACAAGAUCUGGUACUUCCUCAUCGGCAGCAAGCAGACCUUCAAGGGCGCCGUCUCGAUCCUUUCGAACCCAGCCAGCCCAUUCGUCUCCCCCUCCGUUUCGCGACAGCCAUCCUCGAGCAUGCUCGCAACCACCGCCGCCACAACCGAAACGCACUCCCCGAAUCCCCUCAGCAACUUUACCCUCUCGAUCGACGGCUCGGUCGUGUCCGUGCCAAAGUCCGCCUCGAGCGUCAUCCUGCUCAACAUCCCGUCCUACGCCGGCGGCGCCCGCAUUUACGAGGCCGCGGAGCUGCAAGGCUACCCACCGUGCCGGAUGGACGACGGCUUCCUCGAGGUCAUUGCCGUCUCCGGACCACUUCAUAUGGGCGCCAGUAUCGUCGGGCUCUCGAGCCCGGCCGUCCUUGGCCGGGGCCGGACGUUCGAGAUGUCCGUCCGAUGCACCAAAGCGUCUCCGGUCGACUGCCAGAUCGACGGCGAGCCCUUCCGGGUCGAACAGGACUCGACCUUCUCGGUGACCCGAGGAGGCGUUGGCACCAUGCUCCGCCGAUCCGUUGUCGACACCGAAGACGAGCACGGCGACGAUUUCGACCCGGAUGAGACCGAGGACUUUGACGAAGACGAUCUGACAGGGAUGGAGAGCGUCCUCGACGACGAAACGGCCGACGAGCGAUAGACCGACUCUGUCUGCAGAAUCACAGCCGCCCCCUGGACACUGUUGCUUCCAGGAAGAGAAUGUUUGAGGGGGGGGGCAAUAUGGAUCUAUUCCUCCCUCCCCUCCCCUCCCCUUCCAACAGAACGAGGGCAGGAGAGGAGUGGACAUCGAUCGACUCUCCUGUCAUCUUUGUUUUGUCUAUACCCUUAUUGUAUGUAUAAUUAGUU